AUGACCACAGCAACAGAAGAAUCAACCCUCGUCCGAUGUGAGACGGUACCCUUCUCGGAUGCAGAAGAUGCCCCAAUCGGCCGCAGUGGACACCGUGUAGUUUUCAUUGGGGGCGAUCUCUAUGUUGUGGGCGGUUACGUUCAGUACGCCAGUGGACUUCGCGUGGAAGCUGAGAUUUGGGCCUACAAUGUUUUUGCAAAGAUUUGGCGUAGAGUCAGUUUUGGGGGUGCGGAGGCCUUCAAAUUGGCACUCUCAACCGCAGCAAUCUCCUUAGACAACAAAAUCCUCAUCCACGGUGGAACCGGCGUGCCUUUCGGCGAACACAUUGACAAUAGUCUUAUUGUAGUGGAUCUGGCGCGUGAGACCUGUGUCUCCUACCCCUGCAGACCGAAGGACGGUAAACCGGAAAAUAUGCCACAGGCCACUUACGGUCAUACCGUCACGCUUGGACGAAUUGGUGGCAAAUCUAUGCUCUUCAAGGUGGGCGGUGCUAAGGGAUUCACCUACUCCAUCGACAUUUAUGCCUACAGUUUCACCGAAGGUACCUGGGAGGGGCUGUAUAGGCGUGAGAUGGAUGGUGAGCGAAUGGUCACCCAGAGGUAUCGGCACGAUACGGCGCUGUGGAAGGGGAAACUGUACAUAGUUGGUGGCGCCAAUGCCGAUGGAAACCUGCCCUUUUGGCCUGUAAGUAUGCCCUCUUAUUCGUGUUACCAGAGUGUCCUCCUACAGUUGGUUUGA